AUGUCUCGAUUUGGCGCCGCGUCCAAAUUAGCUCUGCUAGGAACAGCGACAAUUGCUUUGGGUGCCGCUGCAGCGUCACAGCUGAAGCCGGACGACUCUGCCAGAGCCGCACAGGCCAAAGCCAAAGCCGAGACCGAUAAGCGAUAUCAGGAACUUCUGAACGCUUAUGGCAGCGGAGAGUCAUUGGACGAUCUGCAAAACGCCGUGGCAAAUUAUGGAGGCUCGCAAACGCGAGGAUAG